AUGGCACCGAAAACCAGUGGAAAGGCCGCUAAGAAGUCUGGAAAGGCGCAGAAAGUCAUCGUCAAGGGCGAGAAGAAGAAGAGGAGACAGCGCAGGAAGGAAAGCUAUGCCAUCUACAUCUACAAGGUGUUGAAGCAGGUUCACCCGGACACCGGAGUCUCGUCGAAGGCCAUGAGCAUCAUGAACAACUUCGUCAAUGACAUCUUCGAACGUAUUGCUGCUGGCUCAAUACAACAAACACUCGACGAUCACCUCCCGCGAAAUCCAAACUGCUGUCCGUCUGCUGCUGCCGGGUGA